AUGGCGGACCCCGAGAAGAACGACCUGUCCAUACCAGAGCUCCCGGCCAGAGCUGUUGUCGCCAAUCAUGAUAAUGUCGUUGACAAUUACUCUUCCGAUGAGGUCGCCAAAGAGGUCCCCAAAGAGUUCUCCAAGGAGGCUCAACCGACAGAGCCCCGACGGAAGCGGUUCGCGCACUUCAGAUAUUCCGUGUUUACCGUUUAUCGACGGCUGUUCACUUUCGUAUUUUGCGUGAAUCUCGCUCUGUUCCUCUACGUGGUGAUCUCUGAUCGGAAGCUUCUCUCACUCGUUGAUGCAACAGCCGUGAAUUUGCUGGCUUGCGGUCUUGCUCGACACCCGAUGAUGGUAAAUGCCAUCUAUCGAGCCGUGUGCUCAAUUCCCCGAAGUGCACCGCUGUCCUUGCGUCGCAGGGCUGCCAAGGCUGCUCACUACGGUGGUGUUCACAGUGGUUGUGGAACCGCAUCUUUGGUGUGGUAUAUUGGAUUUGUUUCCGUGCUGUCGCAAAUGUAUUGGCAAAACAUUCCUAUCAGUACAGCAACAGAUGCCUGUUUCUCAGCCGCGCCAAUAGUUGUCGCCUACUUUACUCUUGUGCUACUCUUUGUGAUGGUCAUCGUUGCAUACCCAACUUUCCGCAGAAGAAUGCAUGAUUACUUUGAGCUCACUCAUCGAUUUACCUCAUGGCUGAUUCUGGCCCUCUUCGUGGCCUUGGUCAUGAUAUUUGCGCAUGAAUCGAGUAGGGCAGCGGAAGAAAGUCUUGGCCACUUCCUCAUUACUCUUCCUGCAUUUUGGCUCUUGAUAGCAGCUAUCGUAGCCAUAGUCCAUCCAUGGCUACUUUUGCGCAGGGUUCCUGUACAGGCUGAGCCCCUGUCUACGCAUGCUGUGCGACUGUCCUUUGACUUCACCCAAAUCAGCUUCGCAAAGGGCGUCCAAGUCUCCAAGCAUCCUUUACGCGAUUGGCACAGUUUUGCUGGCUUUCCAGACCCGAUUCCUGUUGCUGAGGUCCCAUCUGACAAGAACACGCCGGGCAAGAAGCCGUUUGUCAAAGGCCACGGGCAUAAGAGGAGUUGGUCUAUUGUCGUGUCAAAAGCAGGUGAUUGGACGGCCGAUACCAUCCGUGAACCGCCAACCCACCUCUGGAAGCGUGGGGCGCUGAUGCGCGGCGUCGGAUACGGCCUUCGUGUUUUCGACCGCAUUAUCAUCGUGACCACUGGAUCUGGGAUAGGGCCUUGCCUCGGGUUCCUCGGCGACGAAAACCGACCGAAAAUCAAGGUCAUCUGGCAGACACGUGAUCCGGUGAAGACAUACGGCCAGGAUGUCAUUGAUCUUGUUCAUAAGAUGAGCCCAGACCCGAUUAUCUUCGAUACCAGUCGCGAUGGCCGUGUCGACAUGCUUCCUACCAUUCGACGGCAAUUCAAGGAAUUCAGAGCGGAAGCGGUCUUCGUGAUCAGCAACCCUGCUGUAACGCAAAGUAUUGUGUACGAGUUUGAAUCACAGGGGAUUCCAGCCUAUGGUCCAAUUUUUGAUUCAUGA